AUGGGUCUUCUGUGCACAGCGGCCUAUUCCGGCCCCCAUAGUGCCACCGCAGAUAUUUGUACCUACGCUGCGUGUACCUACACGUACACACCAAUGACAUUAGCCCUUCUGGCGUAUUUCGAGAGUAACGGCUUGCGUUGCGACGUUCACUACAACCCAGCCGACUUCUUCUUAGAGGUGCUUGUGGAGGACAAAGCAUCGGCAACCAAGUUACAAGAUUUGUGGGCUGUGCGAAUGACAGAUAGCGAUGGCAACCGCAGGCGGAUUUCUAGUGCCAUUGGUGAGGGCCACCGCGCCAGGGCAGCGGAUGUGGCACAGAGCAGCAGAGAAAACGCUGACUUUAAGAAUGGCCGUUGGCCCGUCCCGUGGUACCAGCAACUGGCUGUGCUGACCAUGCGUUCGUGGAAACAGAAUCUGUCAGAGAUCCUGGCGCCUAUUAACUUCAUCCAGAGUCUGGUGUUGGCUGUGGUCAUAGGUCUGCUGUGGUUUCAACUCGACAACGACGAGGCCACAAUUGGGGAUAGAUAUGGACUGCUCUUCUUCAUAGUGGUGUUCUGGUGCUUUUCGCCUAUGAUCUUAUCCAUCAACACAUAUUUUGUGGAGCGAGUGAUCAUCAGCAAAGAGCGUAGUGCCGGUUCGUACCAAGUGUCGGCGUACUUCAUGGCCAAGUCCAUCUCUGAGACCCCCUUAGUACUGCUGCUGCCCACACUGUUCCUGACUAUAGUGUAUCCUAUGACAGCACUGGGAGACAUCGGCCGCUACUUCCAGUCCUUAGCCAUUCUGUUAUUAACGGCGUUAACGGCUCAAAGUCUUGGCCUGGCUCUGGGUGCAACCAUCCACAACCCACGCAACGCUAUAGUAACGGGUUCGGUGACGUUGCUGUCCAUGAUGCUUUUGGCGGGCUUUUACGCCCAGGAGUCUCUCCCGGAUUGGCUUUUGUGGGCCCGGUAUCUUAGCUUUGUGUACUUUGCCUACGGAGCGAUGGCGCGGAUCGAAUUCUUUGGCGAGACGUACACCUGCGCAACGCCGGAGACGAAUUCCGCCUACGGAAACUGUGCAAAUGGCCCUAUUACGGGCGAGGAGGUCAUCGACUUCCUGGAUCUGUCGAUACCUGUGUGGGCCAAUAUACUGGUGCUGGUGGGCUACUUUCUGUUCUACCGGGUGUGUUCAUACCUCGCUCUGAAGUACAAGAAGUAAAUACAAUAGGCGCUUUCUGGGACAAUGGGCUCUCUUCUUAGGCCGUCUUAUUGCAGGAUGUACCCAAAUAAUCGGUCCCUGCCCUGUCCAGGCGCUUCCAAUAGCAGACUGAAUGACGGACAAAAACAAAGACGUGUACCGAACUAUGAGAAAUAUCAAAUGCACAAGGUAGCCCGAUGGUCGCAUACUCACACAUCAUCCAGGACAUUACUGUCUGCAUCAAAUCGCGACCAUCUAAGCACCAGCUAACUCUAAGAGACUAAGGUGUGAGCUAUAAAUCAGGGUAAGGUGCUACAUAACUAUAUGAAGAGACCAAGGUGUGAGCUAUAUACCAAGGUAAGGUGCUAAGUAUAUGAGGACACUAACGUGCAUCAGAGCGGCGUCGGAAUACGGCACAUCAAGCUCAAAUAAAAUACUUACAAUAGAGUACGUGAUCUUUUACGAACUGUGGUAUAUAAUCUCUAUAAAUCAGCGGUAGUUUUAAAGUAGCUGGUUCUAAGAGUCGACUUCUUGGUUGUUUUCAAAGAAUGAGUGGUGCCUUGAGAACAAUCGAUCCCGUCGUUACACAUUUAAACAGAUUAUUGUGUAGUUUGUCUUGUAAA